AUGAGACCAACGUUGAGGAAGGUGGUCUUGAUCGUGCUGUUGGGCCGGGACCAGCCCCGCCGAAAGCGCAGGUCUGUGUGGGUCAAGAGAUGGUUAAAGUCCCGAAAGCAGGCAGGGGAGUUCCACCGUCUCAUUCAAGAGCUUCGACUGUUUGGAGAGGAAUUCCGAAGUUACUUUUGUCUGGACCAAAGCCAGUUCGAUCACCUGCUCCAGAUGGUUGGAGCCAGGAUCACCCGGAUGGAUACCAACUACCGGGAGUCCAUCAGCCCAGUUGAACGCCUGGCGAUUUGUCUCCGAUUCUUGGCGACAGGGGACUCCUACAGGACCAUAGGAUUCAGCUUCCGAGUUGGACGGUCCACGGUGGCAGGCAUUGUCCCCUCUGUGGCACAAGCCAUUUGGGACUGUCUGGUUGGUGAAUACAUGCCUGUCCCCAAGGAGGAAGACUGGAGGGCCAUCGCUGCCGAGUUCCUGGAGAGGUGGAAUUUCCCCAACUGUCUUGGCUCCAUUGACGGGAAACAUGUAGUAAUUCAGGCUCCACCGUGCUCAGGUUCGCAAUUCUACAACUACAAGGGGAAGUGA